UGCCAACUGAAUGAAAGGUUCGGUGCGUAUUCCGAGAAACAUUUUUGCUUUGAACUUGGGGAAAGAUGGCGACCUUAGUGAGAACUCUCGGAAGACAAUGUCUUCUUCAACGGCAGUCCAUCUUUGGAGGGAAAAGGGUGGCCAUGGCCUCCUCAGCAUACGAGGAGAUGCGCAGUUUUUGGGAGAAGAACAGGCAGCUAAAUCGACCUCUUUCACCUUUCUUGACUGUUUAUAAGCCGCAUCUUGCUAUGAUGACUUCGCUAACACAUCGAGUGACGGGAGUUGUUAUGCAGUGUUCUGUGGCUGCGAUUUCGAUUACACUUCUUUUGCUACCUGGAGACUUCACCACGUACCUGGAGAUGAUUAGAAAUCUUAACCUGUCACCUAUUAUCAUCUAUGGUGCAAAGAUUGUUCUGGCAUUCCCAGUUACGUACCACUUCCUCAACGGUAUUCGACACUUGGCCUGGGAUGCUGGUAUGGGAUUUGAGCUGAAGACAUUGUACAAGACUGGCUACUUCGUCAUGGGGCUUACUGCGCUCGUUGUGUCUUACUUUGUCUUUGGUCUGUAAAUCAGCAGAUAAUUUUGCUGAUCUAUGCACAUUUUGAACAUUAGUACUGAAAAACUGUUAAUGGCUUUUGUUUGCCUCAGCAGUAGUUUGAAAGCAGCAGAACUGGUAGAUGCUACAGGAAAGCUUGAUUGUGUGUCAUGUGCGGGGGUCAGAAAAAUAAGAUGUUGCUUGAUGUCACAAGCAUAAUUUUAGUAUAAGGAAAAUUUCAAGAAAAAUUCAUGUUCCUGAAAAGUUUAUAAUUACAUGAGCGUUUUUUUAUGAUUCUUUAAGUUGCAUCUUGCAUUGUAUAGAUCUGAUCCUGAUGCGUCUCUUGUCUCUUACCCUCCUCCAAUUGUAGGAGCAUAAUUAUAAGUGAUAAUAAUAAGAGGCAUAUUGUUUCUGUCAUAAUGAUGUUGCAAGAGUUUUUCUACAAGGGAAGCUUAAGAGCAAUUCGCACGGACUACAGAUGCUGUUUUCUGUGCAGUUAGGGCAGUUAUUCCCAGUCUAUCCAAGACCUUUGACUCCACUAGAAAGAAUGCAGAGAGAUUAAAUUGCUGAUAUUCUGUUUUCAGUGUCACUCUUUUGUUUAGGGCACAGCUGUUUCUUAGCACUUGUUUGGAAAACAAUUUUGUAAAUAUUUCUGGCAAUAGCUAUAGAUAUAUAGUAAGUACGUUGAACCAAGAAAAGAAGCUCAAUGUAUGUAAUUAUGACCCUCUGUAACGUUUAUGCUUUUUGCAUUUACAGAGGACUACAGAUGGAAAUAAAGUCUUCACAACAUUUA